AUGGCGCCAAUGCCGGAGGCUGCAAAGAAGCUGCUCCUGGUGCAGCCAGGAGUGCCUGCGCCGCUGGACCCAAACUUUUCACCACUGAUCCUGGGCAAGCGCAACUACCUCAAGGCAGUGUCUGCCAGUGGGAGCACGGCCACACUGGACUGGGCACUGCCCCGAGCAGAUGGCUGCGCCCGCUACUCCUUGCCUGUCUUCGCAGAGGACAGUGCGGAGAUUGAAGCCUCCAUCUAUCUUGCCGGCGUACUCAUCCAAGAGCAGAUCUGGCAGCGCAGCGCGGGCUCCUUGAUGCUCGCUGGUCCGGCAAAAAUCUGUGAGGCACUCAAGGCAGAGUUUUCCAUGGGCGGGGCCUAUGAGUUUGAGGUCAAGUCGAUGCCGAAUGUGUGCGGGACUCCAGGCAAUGCGUUCUCUGUGUCCAUCGUCGCAAGCGCUGCUGAUCUGCCUGCUGCUAAGGAUACGCCGCAGGUCUGUGGCAAAGACGCCUCCGGCUGCAGGCUUGCUUUCGAUUUGGGCAAGAGUGACAUCAAGACGGUGGCGGUCAAAGACAAUGAGGUUGUCUAUUCGAAGGAGACAGAGUGGGAUGUCACCAACCCAGACCCAGACUAUCACUUCAAGGCGAUCGUCGACGCGCUGAAGCUGGCGAAGGAGAAGCUGCCGACCGUCCAAGCCAUAGGGGGCAGUGCCACAGGCACGGUCGGCGCCAACAAUGAGGCCACAUGGUGCGACAUCUUUCCCAACGUGCCGCCACCGGUCUACCAGGAAAAGGUGGUGCACAUUUUCCAGCGAAUUGCCAAAGAGUUGGCGGGCGAUGUGCCCUUGAAGGUCAUCAACGAUGGUGAGGUGACUGCCCUGGCCGCCGUCCAGAAGCUGGGCGGCAAGGGCAAUGUCAUGGGCAUUUCCAUGGGCUCCAGCGAGGGUGGUGGCUAUGCCAACGCAGAUGGCAACCUGAUGGGGUGGAUCAAUGAGCUGUGCUACGUGAGGCUGGACUUGAAUCCGGAGGCGCCCACGGACCCGUGGACGAAGGGCGCCCACACCGGCAUGUCGCACAUGUACUUGGGGCAGCGCGGGGCCACCAAGUUGGCAGCCAAGGCAGGGGUUAAAGUCCCGGAGAACUACGUCUACCCACAUCCGGACAUGUGCACAAUCAAGCAUGAAGAUCAUGCUCAGUGCCUGAAGCUGAUUCAGAAGGCCAUGGAGGAUCCCGCGAUUCGCCCGGAGGUGGAGAAGCUUUAUCGUACCAUCGGCGUGUACUUGGGCUAUGCUCUUGCGCAGUACAGCGAGUUCUACAAGAUUGAUCACGUCAUGAUCUUGGGCCGAGUGAGCAAAGGAGCCGGUGGUGACCUCAUGCUCCACACUGCAAAGGAGGUUCUUCAAGCGGAGUUCCCCGAGUAUGCUUCAAUGGAGUUCCAUACUGCAGACGACCAUUUCAAGGCCGUGGGCCAGUGCAUCGCAGCUGCGGCACUUCCUCCGCUUGCAGCUUGA